UUGUGAGGCUGCCCUCCCCCCCGCGGGCCUCGUCGCCCAAAGAACGGCCCGGGCCAUGGCCGACAUGGCGGUGGCGGCCUCGCGGCUGACCUUCACGGCGCUGCCUGGGGCGAAGCCCAUCCUGGAUGGCCUGGACUUGGCGCUGCCAACUGGGGCGCGGUGUUUGGCGGUGGGCGACAACGGCGCGGGGAAGUCCACGCUGCUGCAGCUGGUGGCGGGGCAGAAGAUGGCGCCCAGCGGCCAGCUGCGGGUCGCGGGGGAGGACCCGUUCCGCGGCAGAAGCCACGCGGUGCUGGUGGCCGGCGGCUGGCGUGGAGGAGACCUGGAGGAGCGCAUGGCGCAGAUGAAGGUGGGAGAGCUGCUGGGCUUGGAGUGUGCUCCGGAGGACAGCCGGGCUGCCAAGCUCUUUGAGGUGCUGCAGCUGGGCCCUCUGCUGCCGCAGUUCGUGGGCGUUUUGUCGGAGGGCCAACGUCGGCGUGCGGAGCUCUUCAGGCGGCUCGGACACGAGCGGAAGGCGGUGGUGCUGCUGGACGAGGCUACAGCAGAGCUGGAUAUGCUGGUGCGCCAGGACCUUUUGGACUUUCUCGCGGCGGAUGGAUGCACCGUCAUCAACGUCACACAUGUAUUUGAGGGUUGUGCCGGCUGGGCUACCCACCUGCUGCAGCUGCAGGAGGGGCGUGCGUCAUUGCAGCCGCUGGGCCCGGACAUGGACGUCUUCCAGCUCGUCACCAGUGAGGUGAAGCUGCCGCCGCGGGGGCCGCCGCUGCCACGUGGCGGGGAGGGCAUGGCAGUGGUGGCGCAGCGGCUGAGCUUCGACUACGGCGCUGGCAGCGUCCUGUCGGUGGAGCAGCUGACGCUUGCGCCGGGGGCCCGGUGCCUGCUGGUGGGUCUCAACGGCUGCGGCAAAUCCACGCUGCUGGCGCUGCUCGCAGGCAGGCGCCUCUGCCGCUCCGAAGACGAGUUCCGGGUGCUGGGGCGCAGGCCCUUUGAGGACCGAGGCCUGGAAAAGGAGAUCUCGGUGCUGAGCUCCGAGUGGAAGCGCCAGGUCCAGCAGCUUCGCGCCCAGCUGACCUUCAAGGAGCUGGCGGAGUCCACGUUGGAAGACCUGGCGAAGGACUUUGACCGCGCAGUGUUGGCGCAGCGCCUGCUGCGUCUCAUUCAGAUGCUGAGGAUCCAGCCGGAGAAAAGCUUGGGCCUGCUUUCUGAUGGCGAGCUGCGCCGGGUGCAGCUGGCGGUGAAGCUGCUGAAGCCAGCUCGCUUGCUCUUGCUGGAUGAAGUGACUGCUGACCUGGAUGUGGCCAGUCGCUGUGCGCUACUGCAGUUCUUGAGAGAGGAGAGCGAGGACGGAUGUGCGGUGGUGUACUGCACUCACAUCAUGGAUGGGCUGCAAGGUUGGGCCACCCACCUGCUGCAUCUGCCGGGGCACUUGGUCUCCCUCGAGGGCGGCGCCCUGUCGCGCACGGUGCUGGAAUUGCUCCGCGCUGCGCGGUCCCAACCCGCCGUCGUCCGACCCGCCGAUGCGAAGCCGAGCUGCGACGAGAAGGGCGGGGCCGAGCUGCCUGCGGGCUGGCACCAGCGGCACAGCGCCCAAAGCGGAGCCUUCGGGAACUACGCGUGGCAGGUGGAGACGAGGCCAGAGGAGGAGUGGUCCUUCAAGUCUGUUGCGCCUGAGCCAUCCAACAAGCCUCCGGUGGCUGCUGCGCCGGACCCCCUGCCCUUCGCAUCUGCAGCUCCCAUGGGCAUGCCAAUGGGAGGUGUGUCAACGGCAGCAGCCGCAGCCAUGGGUUCCGGCUCCAACUUGGUCGGGGCGGGCUAUCCCGAGAGCGCGCCGGCGCCCCGGGCGGCGCCGCAGGCGGCGCCGGCCGACGAUUUCUUCGGGGGCCCGCGGAUGAACCAAAUGAGCGCGGAGCAGCUGGUGGCCCUUGGGGUCAUCCCACCAGAGCGCUAGCGGCUUCGAGGUCAAACAUCCCAGGACUGCUCUCUCCGAUACCCCGCAGCCGGAGGUCCCGGGUCCCUGGAACCGCCGGCGCCAAUUGGCGCGAAGCUGCUCCAGAUGGUGGCGGUCACCUGCUCCGUGCAGAAAACAGGUGAUUGCCGGAGGUUGGGAUUGUUUCCAACCCUCAUAGAGAAUCGAAGAUACUUUGAUGCAAAGGCUUAAAAGGGG